CGAAGGUCCCAGGAGUCAUGAUCACUCAGUUUGUAGAGGAACUUCCAGAAGGCAUGAGCACACCAGACUUCACUCGAAAACCCAUCGCUGUCACUCUUCAAGAAGGAAAAACUGCCAUUUUCAGAGCCAUUAUAACGGGUCAGCCGGCGCCGACCGUGACCUGGGUGCGUAACAACGGAGAAAUUGACGAAGAGAACUACAAAGUUACAUUCGAUAAAUCAUCUGGUGAACAUCAGCUCCAGAUUCCAGAUGUUUCAGUUGAACAUGCUGACACCUACAAGUGCUUUGCCACGAAUGAGUACGGAAAAGCUAUUGUCACAGCAACACUGCAUGUUAUUGAAGUUGGCUUCAAAAAGAACCGUGCUUUGCAACAAUCAAGAACAGCUAUCAGAGAACUGCCUGAGGAUUUCAAAAAGAACCUGAAGGCUACGCCUGACGGUGAGGAAAAAGAAGACGCAAAACCGAAGACUGAUGAAAAGUUUUGGGAACUGCUGAUGAGCGCGGACAAGAAGGAUUACGAAAGCAUUUGCAGCCAGUACGGUGUCACUGACUUCCGAGGAAUGCUGAAGAAACUCAGCGAGAAGAAGAUGGAAAGACAGCAGGAGCAAGAAAGGGUUGUGGAGAGACUGUGCAACCUCAAACCCAUUGAGAUGAGGGAAGAUGGCGGUGCAGAGUUUGAACUUGAGAUGUCGCUUAAAGACCCAACAAGCAAAAUCUUUUUAUACAAGGAUGGUGUGAUGGUGCCAUUUGAUCCAGACACAGAGAUCAAACACGGACUGAAGCAAGUUGGGAAGAAGUUUGUCUUCAGCAUCAAUGGUGUUAAUCCAGAGGAUGCAGGGUUAUAUCAAGUGGAGGUUGACGGUGUGAAGGUCUUCUCUACUGAUUUGAAAGUUUCCAGUGCUGAAUUCCUCUACAAGAUUCAAGACGUGACAGCAGAAGAGCGAGAAGACGCUGUGUUUGAGUGUGUCAUUUCGACUCCCAUGUCCAAGAUCAACUGGAAGGGAAAGAAUGUUCUCUUGGAGCAAGGAGAUAAAUUCGACAUUCUCGUGUCAGACGACAUGUUGAUUCACACGCUGGUCGUCAAAGACUGCAAACUCUUGGACAAAGGCAUUUAUGCGGCGGAAGCCGGAAUGGCAUCCUGCAGUGCUUGGCUUGUAGUUGAAGACCCAGGAGUAUACUUCACCAGCGGCUUGUCAGAUGUCACCGCCAUUAUCGGUACUGACACCAUGCUGGUCUGCAAGCUGAGCAGCGAAGACUGUGAAGGCGUCUGGUACAAAGAGGGAGUUGAGAUUACGUCAACAGAAGAGAUGUGUAUCGUGAAAGACGGGUUUCAUCGCAAACUAGUCUUUAAGAACUGCAAAGAGGAGGAUGCCGGAAAGUAUAAAUAUGAAGCAGACGGACGCAAAACGGAGGCUGUAUUGCGUGUUGAAGACCCACCACGACUCAAUGAAGACGACCUUGCUGAGUUUAAAAAACCUAUCACAAUCAAAACUGGGAAAGACGCCGCCUUCAAGGUGUCCUUCAUUGGUCGGGAGCCCAUGAAGAUCCAGUGGUUCCAAGACGGAGAAGAACUGUUGGAAGACGACCGCACCAAAAUUGAAAAGGCCGAGAAUCACACCCGUCUGGUGUUAGCUAAGUGUAAUCGUAAAAUCUCCGGAGAAAUAAAAGUUAAGAUUAAAAACGAAUGUGGCGUGACCGAGGCAGUCACUCAGCUAAAUGUGCUUGCGUAUCCUGGACCUCCUACUGCCCUGAAAAUCAUCAGUGCUUUCAAAGACUGCAUUAAUCUCGCUUGGACAGCACCUGUCAAUACAGGAGGUACCAACCUCUUCGGAUACAAUGUGGAAAAACGGAAGAAUGGCAGCAACUUGUGGGGACUUGUUAACCCGCCAGAUGAGCCAAUUAAAGAGAAAAAGUAUGCUGUGAAAGAUGUAGUUGAAGGCAUCGAAUACGAGUUUCGAGUAUCCGCGAUCAACAUUUCUGGCGUCGGAGAGCCGAGUCAACCUUCAGAAUUUGUAUUCGCCAGAGACCCGAAGAAGCCUCCAGGAAAAGUUAUUGACCUGAGGGUAACUGAUUCGACAUACACAACCUUAUCUCUGGGCUGGACCAAACCUAUAGAGGAAGAGGGGGUCCAGGACGAGGCCAAAGGAUAUUUUGUGGAGCUCAGACCUGCCGAAAAUCCAGAGUGGUGCCGGUGCAACUCAAGUGCAAUUAUUAUGAACUCCUACACGAUCAUGGGUUUGAAGUCCAUGGCGAUGUACUGGGUGAGAGUUUUAGCCACCAACGAGGGCGGAGACGGCGAGGCCCAAGAGCUGGACAACUACAUUAUUGCAAUGCCUCCUCCAGUGAGACCUCAGUUUACUGACAAGAAAAUUAAAAACUUCAUGGUAAUGAGAGCCGGGAAUGCCGCAAGGGUGACGUUCAACUUUGUGGCUUCUCCUCUUCCGAAUAUAACAUGGCUCAAGGAUGACAUGCCUGUCGGAAAGCACGUUACGAUUAGCAAUUCAGACACGUCGUCACAGUUAAUCAUCCCAUCGUCCGAGCGCCACGAUACCGGAAUCUACACCAUCAUUGUGAAGAAUCUUGUAGGUCAAGAGACGUCCAGUGUUGAGAUAAGAGUCACAGACGAUCCCAAGCCUCCUGGCCCAGUGGAAUUGGACGAGAAUGUUUCGGGAACAGUGACAGUGUCCUGGGAUGCCUCCCCGGACGAGAAGAAAGACGACCGGCUGCACUACAUGAUCACCAAACGGGAUUCCGUGAAGCGAACCUGGCAGACGGUGGCAGACCAUCUUUUCAAUAACAAGUUUACUGCCAUCAACAUCAUGCCAGGGCGCCAGUACAAGUUCCGGGUCUAUGCCAAGAAUGACAUGGGGAUGUCCAAACCCUCCGAGUCACAGAACUGGGAAGUGAGAAGAAAGAAAGAAAGCUUUUCUCUAAACCUCCCCGCUACAAAGGACUGCAGUUUUGAAGCACCCCCAUCCUUCUCCGUCCCGCUCAAAACCCACAACAGCCCUGAGAGUUACGAGUGCUACAUGAGUUGCGCCGUGACUGGCAACCCAAAACCUUACGUCACCUGGUACCGCAACAACAUCAGCCUCAACUCCAACUCCAACUACUACAUCACCAACACAUGUGGAGUCUGCUCCUUGGUGAUCCUGAAGGUUGGACCAAAGGACAGCGGGGAGUACACCGUCAUCGCUGAAAACUCUCUGGGACGGGAGGAGUGUUCAACUAAGCUUGUGGUUAAAGAUUAGGAAGUUGCAAUGAUCUUGGAUACGUGAAGGCAGAAAGGCAAGAGUUUUUAUAUGACCUUGAGAGUGGAAAUGGUAGCAGAGAAAAAACAAUUUUAUAAAGCACUACCUGCAUGUGUGACUGUUUCAAGUAUGG